GUUAUCACGGUGCGCUGAACUAUUACAUUGGUUGGUUAUUAGUGAGUUUAAGAAAACUCAAAUUUCAUUGGUGGUUAGUGAACCAUACAAUUUGACGUCACGAUCCUUUUUUAAUUCGGGUCCAACAGGAGAGGCUGCUUUUAAAAUAACUUGUUUUUAUCAGAGGAAAAUUUUAUUCAACAAAAAAUUGUCAGGGAGUAUUUUAUGUUUUAUAAUAAUUUUUGAAAGGAAUUGUUAUAGCUGUACGCACAUUAACGAGGAUUCGUGCAAUAAAAGACAAUAUUGACGUUAAUUAUCCAAAAACAAAGAUACAUGUACAUGUGUAUGGCGACCACAUGGCUGAAAUAAAAAAAAACAAAUUUUAUUUUUUUCUCUUUCAAAGUUAAUUUUAUUUAAUUUUCUUUAAGUGCCAACAGUUUGGUUUAGAUUUGAGUCUCUUUCAACAGGGAAAAAGUAAAUGUUUACUUUGAAACAAGGAUACAUGUAACUGACCUAGUGAAGCACAUGGCGAGCACAUGGUUUAUUGAAUUUUCUUUCAAUGUUUUUUCGUUGCCGUUGCUAAUUUUCAAAUAUAAUAAAUGGUAAAUAAUGCUUCUUGGUAACAUGUUAGGACUACCAGAAUUAGCAAAAAUAUUCAAGUUAUCUGGCGAGUUGAAAUAACCUUUCGUGUGUUGGUUUGCGAACUUGAGCCAUGGCAAAAUAUUCAGUUCGUUGAUUGUGUCCAUUAUCAGGUGAAAGGAGAAUAUCAUCGCGGCUACACGCCCACAUAAAUGUGUUUCAAUACUUGAAUUUAUAAGACGCGUCCUGGUCCGCAUACUUAAUUUAGUUAUUGUUUAUUUACACACUUAAAUGGAAUGUACCCAUAAUGCUUUGUAUUGUUAUUAUACAUGUAGUUCGUACUGAGUUCUAUCACUUAAAAGCUGAAGCCAACUUUACAAGGUGUCAGAUGUGGGAACGUGUGCAUUACAUGAGUCAUGUCAGCACAGCUCAGGCGGUCAGCCAGGAAAAGGAAAAAUUUGCCAAUAGUGGCUGCUGCAUCAGCAAGGAAAAAGGCUAACCAGAGAGUACCGGACACUAUGUCAGUAACUGCACCACAGUUGCCUACAGUUGAUACUGGUACACCAUUCAUACCCGUUACUAGUUCUACUGGUACAUACCCAAUGUUGUUUUCACAGACAGGGGCAGGCAUAUAUACCAGUGCAAGUACAGGGCCAGUCGAUUUGACGAGCACAGCUAAUACCCUUUUAUACUCAAGAGUACCACUACCAGACCAAAGAGUGUGUAACACUGUAACCAGUCAAGAUCCUCCAGAACAUUCCUUAGGUAAUACUAAUGGUGCCUCAAGUUUUACAAUGCCAUUUAGUACUUUUGAUCACCCUAUUCAGAUACCCAGCAUGCAUGCUAAUAUUGCUUUUAAUGUUUCUCAAAGUAUUAGAGAAAACAUUCAGAAAAGUGAAUUUAUUGAUUUAGGCAUUUUGUUGAUUAACAAUACUCAGCAGGCUACACAAAAGCUUGUUUUUAGAGGGGGUGAAUUUAUUGUGCAAACAGAAAAUAUGCAAAACAAAAUUGGGUCUAUUGACCAAUGGAUAUCAGCAUUUAUCAUUUUUGUUAGUGUAUAUUGUACUGUGCAUUCAGGUAGAUUACAAGAUUUACUUAAAUACAUGUCAGUUGUACGUUUGGGUUCAAAAAGAAAUCCAAAUAAUUUAGGUUGGAAGUUAUAUGAUGAGCAAUUUAGGUUGCGCAAAACACUGGAUCCGGCAAGUUCAUGGGCUAUAGUAGAUCCAGAGCUUUGGUUAUUAUAUAUGGCUGAUAGUAUUGGCACACAAAAUUUGGAAGUAGUUUCUUCUGGUUACAAUACAUUUUCUGCUAAUAGAAAUGUGAAUAAAACGUCCAAGUGCUAUGCCUUUAAUUAUAACGGCGAAUGUUUCAAUUCAUUUUGUCAAUAUAGUCAUGCAUGUAUACAAUGUCAUGGUGUUCACUCAGUUAUAAACUGUCAAUUCACGCAAAACAAUUUGCCUUCGCAAAUAAGACCAAAUCAACAGCCAGCAGGGAUACCAGAAGAUUUAAACAUAAAUUUCAAACUAUAAUUGGGUCCCUUAUAGAUACAUUUGUAGUUCAGUUGCCCAAAGUACCUAAACAACAUAUCAAAGAGGUGUAUUGGCCUUUAAUGAGUUCAGAAAAUUGUUUGGUUUAUAAAAUGUAUGGCCAAUACCUUUGUAUGAAUUGUGCAAUUUAUAGCUUAUUUGUUUCAAGCGUUACUCGCAUUCCUCUAUUAAGUGUUAUUCAGCAGGGAUAAGUUUUUUCAGUAGAUUGAAUGUCUUGGGCGAUUUUACUCAAAUUUAUUAUAAAAAUGAUGGAGGGAGUUAACCGGUCAAGGCCAAAAUUAGGUAUUAAAAGAUUGCCUAUUUCCA